UAAGUUCAGUAGCAAAGACGGAAAAACCUUCAGCCAGGUGUACUUUACUACUGUCUCCACACGGAAGACGGUAGUCUCAACGGUAUAUGUUUAGACCAGGCAACUACUAUGCGACUUAUCUUUAACGAUCAAGACUAAUUUUUAAAGUCAAAGGUUUCUAGGUAAAUCGCUGAAAAAACGGUCUUGAACUUUAUUAGAUCAAGUAAACUGACACCUGUACUUGUAUUGAAGGCAGGAGUUCGAUACAAAACGGGUUCGUUUACCAAAUAGCCUGGCAUCAUUUUAGUUUUUUAAAAAUAGUUUGGGGUAUUUUUCUUAAAUCUACAAUGUUUGACUCAAGUAAUUUAAACAGAAGCUUUCUACAAAAAUUGAGCAAGCUGGUUGUGCUUCUGUGCGCCCUGUCUUUUUCGGUCUCCCUACUAUUUUAUUUCAGAACUUUCGAUGUUCUCCGUAACUCAGUCCUCCCAAGUCAGCAACUAACUCGCAAUAGAUCAGCUAUAAGCGAAUCUGAAGCGAUUGUCGGUUCAUGGGACUUCACCUCUACUGUAACAAGCCCUUUUGGAACAGGAUCGCCAACAGCAAAGACUAGAAGACUUGAGAAAUGUCCUGAAAUCCCACCGCAUCUAGUGGGCCCUUUAAGAAUAGAGUUUUCUGAGCCAGUAAGCUUGGAAGGCAUAAAGUCUCAAAAUCCAGAGCUCAGAAAGGGAGGCCGGUACUCCCCAAAAGAUUGCAUAGCCCUGCAGAAGGUGGCCAUCAUCAUUCCAUUCCGCAAACGAGAUGAACAUCUCAAGUUUUGGUUAUAUUACCUACACCCCAUUCUCCAGCGGCAGCAGCUAGACUACGGAGUGUAUGUAAUUAACCAGUUUGGUAAUGAGACUUUCAACCGAGCUAAGCUCCUGAACAUAGGCUUUGCAGAGUCUCUGAAAGACUACGACUAUGACUGCUUUGUGUUCAGUGAUGUGGAUUUGAUUCCUAUGGAUGACCGGAACAUAUUCAAGUGCUACAACCAGCCGAGACAUCUGUCUGUGUCAGUGGAUAAAUUUGGCUUCAGGUUGCCCUAUGCACAGUGUUUUGGAGGCGUUUCAGCUUUAAGCAAGGAGCAGUUCUUGAAAAUCAAUGGCUUUCCCAACAAUUACUGGGGCUGGGGUGGAGAAGAUGACGAUAUUUACAAGAGGGUAAUAUUUCAUGGCAUGUCUAUAACUCGACCUGAUGGUAUCAUUGGAAAAUACCGAAUGAUCCGGCACAACAGAGACCACAAGAAUGAACCGAAUCCACAGAGGUUUAACAAGAUUGAACACACUAGAGAAUCAAUGGACACAGAUGGCAUCAAUUCACUCACUUACAAAACAGUUGAAAUAGAAAAGAAUGAAUUAUUUACAAAAAUAACAGUUAAUGUUGGAAAGCCAGCAUAGGAACUUUUCUGAACUUGUAUAUUUUUUUAAACACAGAUAUAAUGGAUGCACUUACCAAUUUUACACAGAGAUGCACAGUAGAUACAUAAGAUUUUGCUUUGUUUUGAAUGUCCAGAGUGCAGACAUUAUUUAAGUAUGCUGACAAAUCUGUACAUCUCCAAGUUCUUUCUAGGCAUUUUUAUUAGUACACUCAAUGAAUUGUACAGUAUAUGCAUUGUUUUCUGGAAACAGAUCCAGAUGUGUAGCACUAUAUAUAAAUCAGCUUUGGGUGCUGUGUAUUUGAUGUCUUAAAAGUAAAUUCGGUAUAUUCUCA